AUGUCGAACGGUGCGCCCAACGGCGUCCACGCACCGCGCGCUCGCAAACCCGUCAACGCCCUACUUGAAGACCUCAAACAUGAACGAUCAGGCAUCAGCUCCGAGUCAGCCAGCGGAAGAAACACACCUGCACCUCCCGACGAUGCCCUCCCCUCCGUCAAAGCGACUUCGGCCGCACGCCAGGCAAAUCGACGAAAGACGAAGGAUAAGAGUAGGAUGUUUCCCACAGUCGAGUACGAACACAGGGUGUCGUACUUUGACCCCAGGUCGACCUACACCAACUUCCGAGGCUUUUUCGUUUUAUUCUGGGUUGGACUGGCUAUCAUGGUAGUCACCACGAUGCUGCGGAACAUUAGAGAGAGUGGAGUGUUGCUGAGCUUCCGGCAGUGGCCGUUGUUCACGGAGAACAUCGAAGAGCUAUUUGUGGUGGACAUCCUGAUGUGCGUUAGCACCGCUCUCAGUCUUCCGCUCCACGUUCUCUUCAAGAACAGCGACAACGUUCUGUUCCGCUGGCGGAGCGGAGGGAUCAUCAUCCAAAGCAUUUACCAAGCCGCAUGGCUUUGGACGUGGAUCAGCUACCCCUUCAUCCGCGACUGGACCUGGACCGCUCAAGUCUUCUUCACGCUGCACACCCUCUGUCUGUUCAUGAAAAUGCACUCCUACGCUUUCUACAACGGACACCUCGCCAACACCCUUUACCGUCUCAAUCUUCUCGAUCUGCCCAUUGGACCCAUGACACCUACCAACGCCGCAUUUCGCUACCCGUCCGCUCGCGAAUUCCUCAUGGAGCUCAAACCCGAGGUUCAGCAGCACGACGACGAGGAUGAAGAUCCUCCAGAGAACAUAUCUCCCAUCAUCCAGCUCCGCGAUGACCUCGCUGCAGAACUCACCUCUCCCAUGGGUAAUGUCACCUACCCUCAGAAUCUCACUCUGCGCAACUUCGCGGACUACCUCCUCUGCCCUACGCUCUGCUACGAAUUAGAAUACCCCCGCAUGGUACAGCGCUCCUACCUGGAAUUGUUCUGGAAAAUACUCGCCGUGUUCGGAUGUGUGUCGCUCAUCACUAUUCUGGCGGAAGAACACGUCUUGCCCGUGUUGGACGAUAGCCACGCGAGAUUGCUGGCGAGCGGGACGUGGAUUGAUAGUGCACUGAUCUUCGCGGAGACGGUGAGCUGGCUGUUGUUCCCAUUCAUGCUCAUCUUCUUGCUGGUGUUCCUCGUCAUUUUCGAGUAUGUCCUUGGUGCGUUCGCGGAGAUCACGGCAUUUGCGGACAGGAGAUUCUACUCGGAUUGGUGGAAUUCGCUGGAUUGGUUGGAGUUCAGUCGAGAAUGGAACAUUCCCGUCCACAACUUCUUCCGUCGACACGUUUACGCUGCCAGCCGCGGUGUUGGAUGGUCGCGACCAGUGUCCACGGGCAUCACGUUCUUGAUUUCCGCUCUGGCGCACGAAUUGGUCAUGGGCUGUAUCACGAGGAAGUUUCGCGGAUAUGGGUUUGUGAUGUUGAUGUUGCAGAUGCCCAUCGUUGCAAUUCAGCGACUACCAUUCGUGAGAAGCCAUGCGUUGCUGAUGAAUGUCAUGUUUUGGACCUGUAUGAUUACUGGUUUGGCUUUGUUGUGUGCGCUUUACGUGUUGAUCUAG